GUCACCUCAUGCACGGAUUUCAAGCAGCCUCUGCUUCGAGCAGAAACCCAGCAGCAGCAGCAGCAGCUUGUGGCUCCCUCCAUUUCCCAAGUGGAGGCUAAAGAGGAGGAAAAUGACACUCAGCUUCCCUCCAUCCUGGACGAUGACAUGGAGCCUUCAUUGGAUUGGGAUGACUUCCAGCCUCCAUCUGCUUGGGAAGUCAACAUUCAGCCUCCCUCUGGCCUGGAAGAUGCCAGUGAAUCUGCCUCUUUUGUGGCAUUGUGGCCUGGACAUUCUGACAGCAGCCCAGACCAGGAAUCAGAGGACAGAGAGGAGUGGAGCCUGAGCAAAUUGAGGAGCAUUGUGAGCGUGGGGGAGCCUGGCAAGAGAUACAGAGAAUUGGAGGAAAUUGGCCAAGGGGCUUUUGGAACUCUUUACAGAGCAUUUGACACUGGCAGAGGAGCAGAGGUGGCCAUCAAGAAAAUGAAUCUCAGAGACCAGAAUAAGGACCGAGCCGUGAAUGAGCUCCUGGUGACAAGGGAGCAUAAAAAUCCCAACAUUGUCAACUACUUAGACAGCUACCUUGUCGAUGAGGAUCUCUGGCUGGUCAUGGAAUAUGUGAACGGAGUGACGCUGCAGGCUGUGGUUAGAGAGAUCAGGCUGUCUGAAGGAGAGAUAGCAGCUGUCAGUCGGGAGUGCCUGAAAGCCCUGGCUUUCCUUCAUUCCAAGCAAGUCAUCCACAGGAAUGUGAAAAGUUCCAACAUCCUGCUGGGAAUGGAUGGAUCUGUGAAGCUGGGUGAUUUUGGCCUGUCCGCUCAACUCUCUCCCGUGCUCAGUCAACGCAGCUCCAUGGUGGGGACUGCUCAGUGGAUGGCCCCAGAAGUUGUGUGCAGACGUGCUUACGGUCCCAAGGUGGACAUCUGGUCCCUUGGGAUCGUGGCAGUGGAGAUGGUUGAAGGAGAACCACCCUAUUUCAAGCAAACCCCAGCCAUAGCUCGCUGUCUGAUCCGGGAGAAUGGGACCCCACAGCUGCAGAAGCCCAGGAGCCAGUCAGCCUUCCUGCGUGACUUCCUGGAGUGCUGCCUGGAGGUGGAGGAGGAGUGCCGCUGGUCUGCCGAGGAUCUGCUGCAGCAUUCAUUUUUAUCCUCAGCCAAGCCCCUCUCCAGCCUGACUGCUCUGAUUGUCGCAGCAAAGAAAUUGAGGGAGCAGCGGCGAUGCAGCGCUUAA